GUUCUCUGGAAAGGAGUUGGGGAAAAUAGGAAGCGACAGCGAGAGGUGUGACUGCAUGUUAAAUAAGAGGAGCUGUGAGCUGAAGGCUUGAACUCUGAGCGAGCAGCGCGCGAGCAUCACGUUCACUGGGAAUUACAAGAUACGGUGAAGACUUCUACAGCCAUGUCGAACGCUGAAAAUUGCAGCCAUCAGAAUCAAACAGACAAAUUCAUUGACUCAGAGUUUCGUUACACUCUCUUUCCUAUAUUCUAUGGCAUAGUCUUUGUCUUGGGGUUGCUGGCCAACUGCUAUGCUCUUUAUGUUUUGCAUAUUAUGCGGGAGUCUAAAGCUAUGAAUGAGAUUCGAAUCUACAUGACCAACCUGACCGUUGCAGACCUGCUGUUCGUGUCCGCUCUACCUUUCUGGAUUGACUACUACGUGAAUCACGGUCACUGGAUAUUCUCGGAUGCCCUCUGCCGUAUCACAGGCACGUUUUUCUUCAUUAACACAUACUGCUCCAUUCUCUUCCUUACUGUCAUCAGCAUUAACCGUUACUGGGCUGUUACCAGGCCACUGGUGGCUGCCUCUUCUGACUGCUGGAAACGUGGAGCAACUGUCUCAGCGUUCAUCUGGGUCGUCACUCUUGUGGCAUCGGUUAAAUACCUCAUUGAUCCGGGAAUCCAUGAUGAUAAGAUUGAAAACAAAAAUAUUUCUCGCUGUUUCGAGGGUUAUCAUUGCACGGAACGCUCUGUUAGAGAAGCAGUGGCCAUCACCCACUUCAUCAUUAUUGGCUUGUUCUUUCUUGUUUUCGCAUUGGUGAUUGUCUGCAACAUCUUAAUCGCUCGAGCUCUUCUGUCCCAACCUAUCAGUCAGCCUCGAGCCAGCACGGGAAAGCGUCCUGGUGGCACCAAGCUUAGAGCUUUGAGGAUGCUGUGUGGUGUCGUGGGUGUCUUUGUGAUCUGUUUCCUGCCACAUCAUGUGGUGCAGGGUCCCUGGACUUUGUCUGUGCUGGGCCUGAAAAAUGAUUGGAGCAUGGAGACUCGCCAAAGCUUAAACGAUGCUCACCAGAUCACCCUCAUGCUUAUGGGGAUCAACUGCCUCCUGGACCCGCUGGUGUAUUGCUUCGCCACCACAAAUUUCCGCAAGUACAUCCAGGGUCAUUUCACAAGGGUCAAGAAUAACAAACACUGCUCGCGCAACACAUUAAGCACGGCUGUGUCACUGAAGAGCAGACAUCAGAGUGAAUUAUGAAUGCUGUCGAAGAGCAGAACACAUAUAACACAGUAACACACUGAUAAAUAUAUGGUGUUCAUUUUAAUCAGUUAGAGCAGGGGUCUCAAACUCAAAUUGGCUGGGGGCCGUUGCUAUGAUAGGAGGGCCAUUUUAACAUUCAAGCACAAGAAAGCGCAAAAUUUCUGAAAAAAAUUACUUUCCUUUGCAUUAUUUCUUAUUUACUUCAAAUUUCAUUACUAAAAUAUUUUGCCAUACUUAAAAAAUAUAAACAGCAGUGUCAAUCAUUGUUACAUACAGUAUUAGUUUUUAACAGUUAGUGCAAAUAUUUUCCCUUACUUUAUUUUAGCUUAAAUAACAUCAAAAUCUUGCACUGAACAACACUGUACUGAACAAAUGCAAUCCCUGAAUACAUUUGUAUACUCUUCUAUUUCUUGCCAGAGACCUGGCAGCGCUUCUGCUCACAGCUGAGCCACAUUUGUCCAAGAUGCCGUUUGAGCAUCGGUAACGUUUAUCGGUACACUGUAAAAAAUGAAUGUGAUUUUAACGGUAAAAAUAUUGUAAAAACGCAUUACAGUUUUACAGAAAAACUGUAAAAGCUCUUACCUCUUACCAGGCUUUUACCGCCUGCAUUAUUAUGGAGGUUGUCAGUGUA